CAGUGUGCAGGUGGUGUUGGUGCGGGAGAAUGCGGUCAAGUCUCGGCACCGCAACCUGACCCGUACCGCUUCGAGUACCAUGCAGCCCAGUUGGAGAAGUUCCUACAGGAGUACCGCUGCCUUCAAGAGCAGCUGAUCCACAUGAAGCAGUCAUACGAGGCCCAGCACCACCGAGGGUCUGAGCCAAGAUUGGAGUGUUGCCCCGAGGGUCUAGGAGCUGUAGGUGGACCUGCUCCUCCACCACACGUCGCAGGUAUCCCCCUACACGUAGGUGCUCCUCCUCCUCCUGUAGAAAUCCUUCCACCACCUGUUGAAAUUUUACCCCCUCCCAUGGGAGCUGUCCCACCCCUAGGAGCUCCAUCGCCGCCUCCGUCAUCAUCGUCAACGAGGCCAACCGCAUCGUCCUCGAAGUCCUCCUCCAAGGGACCCACUAUGUCCUACAGUGGAGGGGACAUCAACCCUACUGUGACCCACUCCCCAAACAACCAUCGACUUCAGCACCAUCAGAACCCCUCAAGUCAAUCCUGAAGAAGACUCCUGAAAUAGGGAAACAGCGGCAGCAGAUGAGACAGCAGCAGCAGCAGCAGCAGCAGCAGCAGCAGCAGCAGCAGCAGAAAACAGAAGCAGAAACAGCAGCAGCAGCAGCAGAAACAGCGUAACUCAAGUGCCUCUCACGGCGACGACCCAAGCACUGCCCCGCCCCCCUCCACUGACCCGCGCCCGUAACUCACCUCCUUUGGCGCUGUACUGUACAGUUCAUGGCGCUCUCCGACCUGAUUCCUGGACUGAUCCCUCUACGGUAACCAUGGCAACGAUGGCGACGUAUGACAACCACGGCAGGGGUGAUAACGUUUGGUAACUACGGAAACAGUGGCAAAGUAUGGUAAUCAUGACAACGGUGGAAACGUAUGGCAACCAAAUGGAAAUUGGCAACGGGCAAGACUACUGCAGGGCUACAUCAACAGCGGCAACUUACAUAAGACAUCUAGAGAGGAAUAUAAACAACGGCAUCGUCUAUAAGACAUCCAGAACCGGAAGAAA